CGCGGCUUCCCGCACGUGGUGACCAGCGCCGACCUGGCGGACCUGAUGCGACACCACCACCACCCCGCCAUGAUGCUGCACCCGCACCUGCACCGCCCGCCCUUCAAGAACAACAACAACAACACCAUCAACAACAACCACCUGAAGACGCCCACGCCGCCGGCCGGGCCGCGCCACUCCAUCGACGCCAUCCUGGGCCUGCACAGCAACAACGGCACGCAGCCCUCGCAGCGAAGGACCCCGGACUCCUGCACUGGGGGCGAGUCUGGCGGUGAGAACAGCUGCCACUCGGACGCGGCGUCGCCGUCGGACCUCCGCUGCCGCCUGGGCCCCGGCGGCGACAGCGACGAGGACCACGAUGCGGGCGACGCGAGCGGCGGGGGCGGCGGCGGCGGAGGCGGCGGGGGCGGCGGGGGCGGCGACAGCGACGGCAGCUCCAUGUCCGACAAGAAGAAGCACCGCCGCAACCGGACCACCUUCACCACCUACCAGCUCCACGAGCUGGAGCGGGCCUUCGAGAAGAGCCACUACCCCGACGUGUACUCCAGGGAGGAGCUGGCCAUGAAGGUCAGCCUGCCGGAGGUCCGCGUCCAGGUGUGGUUCCAGAACCGGCGCGCCAAGUGGCGGCGCCAGGAGAAGAUGGAGGCGGCGCGGCUGGGCCUGAGCGACUACCACUCCGUGGGCCGAGUGGGAGGCUCCUCCCUCGCGCUGCCCGUGGACCCCUGGCUGUCGUCGCCACUGCUAAACGCGCUGCCCGGCUUCCUGAGCCACCCGCAGUCCGGCUACCCGUCGUACCUCACGCCCCCCGUGGUGCACCAGGACCCCGGCAGCUCGGCCUCGUCGCCGCCCCCCGGGCCCCCGCCCCCCUCCCUGCCGCCCGGCGCCCAGGGCGACCCCAGGUCGUCGUCGAUAGCCGCGCUCCGGCUCAAGGCCAAGGAGCACGUCGAGUCGCUGACCAAGGGCCUGCAGAUGGUGUGACACGCCGCGGCGACACCCCGGCAGGGCCCGUAGCGCGGCGCGGUGGAUUUGCCAGAAGACCGGUGGAG